GCGUAAAGACCUUCACGCUCAGUUUAAACUUUAAAGUACCCAACACUUCUCUUCUCUUCUCUUCUCUUCACUCCCAAACAAGAAAAGAACAUUUCUUUUUUCGGUUAUGAGUGGCCUGCACACCUCUCAAGUCUCACCUCCUUUAUUAUUCUAUAAUUUCCAAGCUUUUCUUCCUUUCAUUUGUUCCAAUUGUCCCAAACCCCCUCCUCUCCAUUAUUUUCUGCUAUAAAUCUAUGCAAGAUUAUAUCUUUCUUGAAUAAUGAAAAUGGGAGAGAAUGGGUGUGAGGAAGAGGAAUGGAUGCUUUCGAAUUUAGUCGAAAACGAAAAGGUUACAGAGAAUGAGGAAGAAGAAGAAGAAGCGUUGUCGCUGUGUGAUCUUCCUAAUAAAGAAGAGAAUCAGCCCAAGAAAGAAUCUCCGGGAGCCUGCGGCGGCGAAUCUCAAGAAGACGACGACUUUGAUUUUUUCUGGCGGGGUGGCUCUUCUUCCUUUAAGGAAUCAGAAAUGUGCGCGGCGGAUGAGGUGUUCUUUCAAGGCCAGAUUUUGCCCCUCCGCCACUCAAUCAGCUCCGACGGCGCCUCUUUCAAGAACAACGGCGGCCGCUGCCAUUCUUUCCGGUACACAAGUAGCAGAAGUAGCAGCGUCAGAAGCCUCCGGUCAUCUAGCAGCGGCAGUUCAUCAACCAGCACCGCCACAACCACGACCAUACAUUCCAAGUAUUACAACAAAAACAGCAAGAAACAGCAACCCAACAUUAUUCGAAACCAAAGUACUCCCCAGGUUCGAUUCUCCAAGGUUGUCUCAAACAACAAUAAUUGCAGCAGCCGAAAGUCGAUUACCCUCUGGAGCCUUUUCCGCGCCGGCCUCGUUUCCACGCCGGAAAUUGAUUUCCAGGACCUCAAAAUCCGACAACACAAACCCUUUGGCAGUCGCAACAGCAGCAACAACAACACCGACGCUAAAGUGAGCGUUAAGCGGAAUUUGAAGCAAAGAUUUUCCGACAAGAACAUGAUCUUAUUCGGCGGCGCUUGCAGUUGUUCAGUUAACGAUGUCCGAACAGUCCCUCCAAGAACGGCGACUACUGUCGGACGAAAUUCCAGUGCAAAAGAGGCGCAUAAUGAAGACAAGAACAGCGAGACAACAAAGGUGAUGAGAAAACAAUCCAUGUCGCGCCGUCUCAGAACCUUUGAAUGGCUAAAGCAGCUUUCACUAGAAGGUCCUGCAACCACGACAACAUUGUAGCUAGCUAGAUUCAAAAAUAGUAUCACCCUGCCUGGUAAACCUAGUUCAAGUAGUGGACCAUCUGACGUAAAGUCAGCAUUACAGCAAAACCAACAAUGUCUUAAUUCUUGGAGCUAAUAAGACUCCACAAGUUAAUGUUUGGAACACUUAACUUAAUUCCAUUAGAGCAAACUACUCAAUUUA